UCUCUCUCUCUAUCUCUCUCCUGCCAUGUCAGAUUGUAACCCCGUUCCUAUGACCCUGGCGAAUCCGUAUUUGUAUGCUUUCUCUCUCUAGAAAAAAAUAUUUAAAAAAGGAUAAAUGAGUAAGAUUGGAAAAACCAAAAACUCUCUCUUUCCUCUCUCCCUAUUUAUUUCCUUUGUCACCCAUUCGCUUUCUCUCUCCUCCUCGUAUCUCCCCACAGCCUGCCUUCCGUGCCCUAAGCCUCUUCUUCCCCCCCACCUCCCCAGCCUCCCAAUUCAGCUGCCUCAUGCUGCUGCUCUGUUUCUUGGGUUUUUGAUCCAUUACUUGAUUGGUGCUGAGGUUGAGUUAUUUGAGAGCCGUCACUGUGGACCGUGGUAGCUGAUAAAGAUUUCAUUUUUAGGAAUUCCAAUUUGCUUAGCCCUACCAAAUCUAACUAUUAUUCUGACCCAGGUCUAAAAGAUGAAGGAAGACAGUUCGUCGCCUAGUAAAAUGAUAAACAGGAAUUGGGUCUUGAAACGAAAACGUAGAAAGCUUCCUCAUGCACCUGAUCAAUCUAAUGGCAAAGAAGACGCUUCAGUGGCCUCAGAAUCUCCAGGGAAGACUUCUUCAUCUAAGCGCAAGCUGAAAAAUGAAUUAAUUUCUGAGCGGUUUCAAUCCAAGAAGAAAGGAAAUGACGGGUAUUUCUAUGAGUGCGUGGUCUGUGACCUUGGCGGUAACUUGUUAUGUUGUGAUAGCUGUCCCCGAACCUAUCAUCUCCAGUGUCUUAAUCCACCUCUUAAGCGCAUUCCCAAUGGGAAGUGGCAAUGUCCAACUUGCUGUCAGAAAAGUGAUCAGAAAAGGAAUCUGCUUGAACCCAGAAACUUUUUGACGGAUACCAUUUCAAAACGAGCAAGAACAAAACUUGUCACUACGAAGUCCAAAACUGGAAUGAAGUCAUCUGACAGGGAGAAAGUAACACAUAUUUUUGGAAACUCUAUUGUUGCAAAGAAAAGAUCCUCAAGCAAAGGAAAAGCUGUUUUAACCCAUGGAGUCAAAUCCUUAUUGAAGAACUCACAGAUAGAUAUAUGUAGCACCAACCCGACUCAUUCAACAGUUGGUGGUUCUGCAGACGGUAUUUCAUCUUGUGUGAAUGUUGAUGAUGAAAAGAGAUCCAGCAUUGUCCCAGAAGAGGAUCCCACAGACAGAAAGUCGAGCUCUCCUGCUAAAGAAGUUUCAUCUCAUUCUAAAGUUAUAGCGUCAGAGCAGAAGGAAGAAGCUCCUGAGGUAUCUGCCUCUCCUGAUGUGAAGCCUGAUAUGUCUUGUACUGAUGGAUCUCCACGCAAGACCAUUGUUCUUGCGAUCAGUGCUGCAACUGACAAGGCUAAAAAGAGAAAACACAAGGGAAAUAAUGAUAAGAGUAAAAAGAAGCGCAGGAACGAUAAGGGGAAGUCUGUUAGUAUUUCUGAACAAUCUGGAUCUAAGGCAAAUACUGCAAAACUGAGGGUUGGUAAAGCUCCUCGUAAGCAUAAAUCUAUUAACCAUGGGGUUUCUGCGUCUUUGCCAAGAGAAGAAAUUGGAACCAAGAAGUCAGAUAUUAAAAGCAAAGAUGAGGAGCUUCCUGAGGGAGCAAACGACUCAUCACAUAAUGCAGAUAAAGCUGGAGGUCAUGUAGUUGAAACACCAAUUUGUAGAGAUAGUUUUACUGCUCAACCUCUGCAGGUUGAUCGGGUUUUGGGAUGUCGAGUUCAGGGUGACAAUGCCAACUCUUCUUGUCAGAUAUGUGUGACAGCUGCUCCUGACCUGUGUCCUGAUGAUUUGCAAGUUUCUGAGACUCAAAACAGACUAGCAGAUGGAAAUUCUGUUUGUGAUAACGACAUGGAUGUCGGAGCUGCUGACAAAAUUGUCAAUGGUGGUGAUGGGGAUGAAAAUCUUACCGAGAGUUGUGAAAAUGUUGUCAGUGGUGCUGAUGGGGAUGAAAGCAUGAAGGAUGAUAAUCUCGUGGAGGGUUGCGAAAAUGUUAUCAACGGUGCUGAUGGGGAUGAAAGCACAAAGGAUAAUGUUAUAGUGGACAAAAUACAUGUGUACAGAAGAUCUGUGAACAAAGAAGGUAAAAAAGCUAGUUCCAUGGAUGUGUCGAGGAUGGGUGCUAAGGAUUCGAUUCCUGCUAACAGAAUUUGUAGAGAUCAAGAGGAAUCUGCUGUAGCUGCAGAUGAUUCAGUAAAAACCCCUGAAAAAAUAGUGACUGCGGAGAAUACCGAAGUUAGUCUGAAAAGUCCUGAUAAUGAUGAGGUUCGUGAAAUUGAAAUGCAUGUGUCCCUUGACACCGAAGACAAAAAAGAUGCAGAUACAGAAACUGGACUCAGUAGCAGCCCUCAAACCAAAAUUCAGGGGCCCUCACUGGCUGAUCUUGCAGGUGGAAGUGAUGGGACUGUAUCGUUUGAAUUUUUAGUUAAGUGGGUGGGUAAGUCUCAUAUUCAUAAUAGUUGGAUCUCUGAAUCUGAGCUAAAAGUCUUGGCCAAGAGAAAAUUAGAAAAUUACAAGGCUAAGUAUGGAACAGCUGUUAUAAAUAUCUGUGAGGAACGGUGGAAGCAACCACAGCGGGUGAUUGGUCUACGUGGUGUUGAAAAUGGUUCAGGCGAAGCUCUGAUAAAGUGGACUGGUCUCCCGUACGUCGAAUGCACUUGGGAAAGAUUGGACGAGCCUAUCAUUAAAAAUUCUCAGAAUCUGAUCGAUCAAUUUAAUCAGUUUGAGCGCCAAACACUGGAAAACAAUGCUUCUAAGGAUGAUUCGUCAAAGGGGAAGGUUAGUUGUCAGCAAAGUGAAAUAGUUACUCUGACAGAGCAGCCUAAGGAACUGAAGGGUAUAUUGUUUCCUCAUCAGCUUGAAGCACUCAAUUGGUUGCGUAAAUGCUGGCAUAAAUCCAAGAAUGUAAUACUAGCGGAUGAGAUGGGGCUUGGUAAAACUGUGUCAGCUUGUGCUUUUAUUUCAUCAUUAUACGUUGAGUUCAAAGCCACUCUGCCUUGUUUAGUCUUGGUUCCACUUUCCACAAUGCCUAAUUGGCUUGCUGAGUUUGCAUUAUGGGCUCCUGAAUUGAAUGUUGUGGAAUAUCAUGGGUGUGCUAAAGCACGAACCAUAAUUCGCCAGCAUGAAUGGCAUGCUAGUGAUCCAAAUUCGUUGAAUAAGAAAACAUCUGCGUAUAAAUUUAAUGUCCUUUUAACUACGUAUGAAAUGGUUCUUGCUGAUUCCUCACAUCUCCGCGGGGUUCCUUGGGAAGUUCUCAUAGUUGAUGAAGGCCAUCGUUUGAAAAAUUCAGGAAGUAAGCUUUUCAGCUUGCUCAACUCCUUGUCUUUCCAGCAUCGCGUACUGUUGACUGGUACCCCUCUUCAGAACAACAUUGGUGAAAUGUAUAACUUGCUUAACUUCUUGCAGCCGGCAUCAUUCCCUUCCCUUUCUGCAUUUGAGGAAAGGUUUAAUGAUCUUACAACUGCGGAAAAAGUGGAUGAAUUGAAAAAACUUGUUGCUCCACAUAUGCUUCGGAGGCUUAAAAAGGAUGCUAUGCAAAAUAUCCCCCCCAAGACUGAACGGAUGGUUCCUGUUGAGCUGUCCUCUAUCCAAGCUGAAUACUACCGUGCAAUGCUGACAAAGAAUUAUCAGAUAUUGCGGAAUAUUGGAAAAGGGGUGGCACAACAAUCCAUGCUGAACAUUGUAAUGCAGUUAAGGAAAGUCUGCAAUCAUCCGUAUCUUAUACCAGGCACUGAGCCUGACUCUGGGUCUGCAGAGUUCCUUCAUGAAAUGCGGAUAAAAGCUUCGGCCAAGUUGACUCUGUUGCAUUCUAUGCUUAAGAUUCUGCAUAAAGAGGGUCACAGAGUCCUCAUCUUUUCACAGAUGACCAAGCUGCUAGAUAUCCUCGAGGAUUAUUUGGCCGCAGAAUUUGGACCUAAAACAUAUGAGAGAGUAGAUGGCUCAGUUUCAGUGACUGAUCGCCAAUCUGCAAUUGCGCGUUUUAACCAAGAUCAAAGCCGAUUUGUCUUUUUGUUAUCAACACGCUCCUGCGGCCUUGGUAUCAAUUUGGCAACAGCUGACACUGUCAUUAUCUAUGAUUCUGAUUUCAACCCGCAUGCUGAUAUUCAAGCUAUGAACCGAGCACAUCGAAUUGGACAGUCAAAACGACUUCUGGUAUAUCGGCUUGUAGUUCGUGCUAGUGUUGAAGAGCGCAUCUUGCAGCUUGCAAAAAAGAAACUUAUGCUUGAUCAGCUUUUUGUGAAUAAGUCUGGAUCCCAAAAAGAAGUGGAGGAUAUUAUAAAAUGGGGAACAGAGGAGCUUUUUAAUGAUUCUCCUAGCACUGAUGGAAAAGAUACCGAUGAAAAUAACAGUAACAAAGAUGAGGCAGUGGCAGAUGUAGAACAUAAGCAUAGGAAGCGGACUGGUGGCUUGGGAGACGUUUAUACGGAUAAAUGCACAGAUAGCAGCAACAAGAUUGUAUGGGAUGAAAGUGCAAUUUCAAAGUUGCUUGACCGUUCAGACCUUCAGUCUAGUUCAACUGAUAUUGCUGAAGGAGAAAUGGAAAAUGACAUGCUUGGCUCAGUAAAGGCCACCGAAUGGAAUGAGGAACCAGCUGAAGAACAGGGAGCUGAAUCACCUCCAGGUGCAAGUGAUGAUACCAGUGUACAAAAUACUGAAAGGAAAGAGGAUAACAUGGUUACUGAAGAAAAUGAAUGGGACAGACUUUUGCGCCUUAGGUGGGAGAAAUACCAAAGUGAGGAGGAAGCAGCUCUUGGUCGUGGGAAGCGCCAGCGGAAAGCGGUUUCGUACAGAGAAGCAUACGCUGCACACCCAACUGAAACAUUGAGUGAGGGUGCUGACGAUGAGCAUGAGCCCGAACCAGAGCCAGAGAGGGAGUACACACCUGCUGGACGAGCUCUAAAAGAAAAGUUUGCUAAGCUCCGAGCUAGACAAAAAGAACGACUUGCUCAGAGGAAUGCAGUUGAAGAACCUCAACCUAGUGAGGGACUACCUGUUGAGUCACUUCCUCAGGGUCCUACCAACACUGCCAAAGAUGGGGAUCAAGCGACUGAAUUAGUUCAGUUUCUCAGAGAGAGGCCUUCUGUAAUUGACUUGGAGGACGAUAAGUUAGAUCCCCCUAAGGCCAAGACUGAUUCUCCUUUACGAUUGGGCCGGCUAUCGAAGCAUAAAAGCAGUCACCUUGAUCUUUCUGUUAAUUCUCUUGACUACAUGUCACCUGAUAUUUUCCUUCCCAGCCACCAGGUUCCGGGAACAAGCUCACUGCUCUCAAAUAAUUUAUUACCUGUUCUGGGACUCUGUGCUCCCAAUGCUAGUCAAAUAGGAUCAUCAAAUAAGAAAUUUUCAAGGUCAAACGGUAGACAAAAAGGAGCUCGGCCAGAGUUUCCAUUUAGUCUGGAUCCUCGGUCUGGGACUGUGAAUGAGACAGAAGUAAAUGGUGAUGACAUGAAACUAUCAGAUGCACCAGCUGAAGUAUCACGUCUCAAGAAUAAGUUGAAUAACAUCCCAAAUGGUGGUUUUCCAUUUAGGCCGUAUCCUCCGCCUGGUCAAGGAAGCAGUCAUGAUUGUCCGGAAAGUUCCGGUGCUUCCUUUUCUGAUUUCCAUGAAAAGAUGGCAUUGCCUAACUUACCAUUUGAUGAGAAAUUGCUACCAAGAUUCCCACUUGGAGCAAAGAACAUGCUGAGUCCACAUCUAGACUUCUUACCUAACUUGUCAUUGGGUAGCAGACUCGAAUCUGCAAGUGGUUCCUUGCAAGAACUUCCAACAAUGUCAUUGUUUCCGAAUUUAAAAUUUCCGCCAGAUGCACCCAGAUAUAAUCAGCAAGAUAGAGAUGUGCCUCCCUCCUUGGGUUUGGGACAUAUGCCAACUAAUUUUCCAUCUUUUCCUGAUAACCACCGGAAGGUGCUCGAAAACAUAAUGAUGAGGACUGGUCCUGGAUCGAGCAACUUAUUCAAAAAGAAAUUUAAGGCAGAUCUGUGGACGGAAGAUGAACUUGAUUUUCUAUGGAUUGGUGUUCGUAGGCAUGGAAGGGGCAACUGGGAUGCAAUGCUGAGAGACCCGAGGUUGAAGUUCUCGAAGUUUAAAACUUCAGAAGAUCUGUCAGCUAGGUGGGAGGAGGAGCAACUCAAGAUUUUAGAUGGGUCAGCUUUUGCUGGGUCAAAGUCAAUAAAAAAGACUGCCAAAUCGUCACAGUUUCCAAGCAUAUCGGAUGGGAUGAUGGCACGGGCACUGCAUGGAAGUAGACUUGUUACACCGCCAAAAUUUCAAUCCCAUUUGACAGAUAUAAAGCUGGGUUUUACUGAUCCUUCAUCGGGCUUUCCGCAUUUUGAAUCAUCUGAUAGACUCGGUUUGCAGAAUGAGCAAUAUCCCCCUAUUCCAUCUUGGUUUCAUGAUAAAUUCAGGACUAAUUUUUCUGAAGAUUCUGCAGCCGGAGCUUCUAACAGAGCAGGUACGUCUUCCAGUGUUCCUGCUGAGCAGCCAUUUGUUGUCACUUCUUUUGGUACCAGUUGCUUGGGUUCAUUAGGCUUGAAUUCCGCUAGCAACUAUGAUGUACAGAAGAAGGAAGAUGAACAGGGUGCUCAUAGGUACGGCAAGUUGCCUUGUGUGCUCGAUAGGUCACUGAAUGCUUUACGUGAUACGAAUAAUAAUUUGGGAAGAGGUGAACCCUCCAGUUCAGGAUUGCUGCCUAAUCUUAAGAGUGGGAUUUUAAAGGGAGAAGAUGUUGCUGGAAGUAGUUCUUCAAAGGGCACUCCCCAUUGGCUACGGGAAGCUGUAAGUGUUCCUGCUAAACCUCCAGUACCUGACCUGCCACCCACAGUGUCCGCAAUAGCUCAAUCUGUCCGGUUGUUAUAUGGGGAGGAGAAGCGAAGUAUUCCUCCAUUUGUGAUUCCUGGUCCACCUCCUUCGCUACCAAAGGAUCCAAGGCGAAGUCUAAAGAAGAAAAGAAAGCAGAAAUCACGUCUAUUUAAGCGGGUUAAACUAGACAUUGCUGGAAGAGGCCGGGACUUUCAUAGCAGGCACGCUGGCGACAAUGCUUCAAGCUCCAUUCCUAUGGCCCCAUCAUUUCCAUUGCUUUCACAAGCAAUGGCUGCAACUUCAGGCCUUUCACGGAUUGAGUCUGGCCUAAGUGCGCCUCUGAGUAUGGUAAACCCAUCAUCCUCAGCGCCACAUCUGAAUCAGCAGAAGAAAACAACCAUGGGAUUGUCGCCUUCCCCUGAAGUGCUUCAGUUGGUAGCAUCCUGCGUUGCGCCAGGUCCACAUUUGUCAGCAGCUUCUGGCAUGGCAAGCACAAGCUUCCGUGACGCAAAGCCCUCAUUGCCAAACUCCGUUGACCAAGUAGAACUCUUGGACUCGCAAACCGCAACUGCUAUGGUAAGAACGAUGGCUAAGCAGGGAUCGCCUGUUAGAACAUUUGAUACUGUCAGCGGGGAUUCCAGCAAGACACAGUCGGAUCCCCCUAGGACAGAACGACCCGAUGUAGAGGAAAUUUCUUCUGAGGGCACUGUCUCGGAUCAUCCCGUGAGUGAUCAGGAAUCUUAGGUGUAAUACGCGGAGCGAAGAUUAGAACACAACUAUUCUUUUGUGUUGUUCAUGGCUCCGACGUGAUUGAAUUUUUGUAGGUUUCGUGUAGUGCAUGAUAAACUAGGGUUGUUAGGAUAUAUUGUGUAAAGCUUAUGUAAGAGAAUGAAAGUAUAGUGUUGUUUCCUUCUCA